AUGUGGCCAUUAUCGUCACUGCUUUUACCCUCCCUAGCUCUGCAAUUUGCAGCAGCGAACGCGCAGGCUUUGGCCACGGUCACCUACGGACCCAGCGGUCCCUGUCCAGUGCCAUCCGUCACCAGCGUUGUUGUUUUGCAAGCAGCAUACUACAGUUCUUUUUUCCAGUCAGCUUCGCAGAUUGUGAAUCUCUUUGGCAACGGUGACACGGUUACGAUUCAAAAUGCUCCAACAACGUACAUUACAAACACAUACAUCACCACGACCAUCAUCUCUACUGUCACGAGCGCUGUCCCUUCAACUAUGUCUGCGACCCCAUCUAGCACCCCCUCUAGCAGCGUGAGUGUUGGUCCGGUCACCACAAGUGCGACUUCGGCUUCAUCGCCCACGACGUCCGUCUCGUUAACUCCCACGUCGGCGUCAAGCACGACUUCUUUGGGCAUCUCAACAACUUCCACAACAGUAUUCACUCCUAUUCCUCCUCCCGUUAUCACACCAACUCCACCACCGGUCCUAACUUCUACGUCGGUCGACGCGCAAGGGAACACAAUCCUAGUGCCAAUUACGCAGCCACCGCUCGUUCUCGGCGAGGGUCUGCCGUCUGGAACUGUAACUGACCUCCCGGCAUCGUCCGCCGUCAUCGUUGGUGUUGCAGUUGGUGGUGUAGGCGGGGCAAAGGUGAAAAGACAGGCUGCGGGAAGCCAGGCAUCCGAACUGCUUUCGGGCGAUGAUGGGGGCUCUAGCGGUGCAUGCGACGUUGCCGUCAGAUAUUAUCUGCAACACGGGCAACUCACAGAUGGUAACGAUGUGGUCGGCCGGAACACUACCGACUCCUACGCCUUGAUGACCCCUGAUCCCGAUCCCAACAACGUCACCACGGUGUUCUCGUUUGUUGACGGCAUACUACAUUGGGGUUCAACCGACCGAGGAGCUGCUACCUUCUACCGCUGCGGCGACAACAAAGUUUGGGCUGGUUUCCCGAGUCCCCCGCGGCCUGAUUGCUAUAAUGUCACUUUGGGUGGCAUUGUGGCCGCCGCUUGCCCGGUGCCGUAUAGGGAUCCUGACGCGACUACCUCGUCAACGAGUAUUUCUUCUAGCACUGCAACUUCGACGGAUGUGGCGACCACGACCUCCGAAGUGACUACAACAGCUACCAUGGAGAGUCCUACGUUGACCACGACAACUGCUGAACCGACAUCCUCAAGCGAUCAAAGCUCGACGGAAUCAUCACCGACACCGUCUCCUUCCUCGAGCUCAACUCUAGUCGUCACCAGCUUCACGCCACAGACUACCCAGCCGACCAUGGUCCCGACUUCGAGUUCGCCACCCGUAACUACCGCGCCCAUCUCUACUGGUCCUGUGUUGUCUCCCACGAUAGCGACAAGCUCUUCAAAUGUGGUCCCUCCACAGUCAAGCUCGACAAGCGCAGCGCCUGCACAGUCAAGCUCGAUAAGCGUAGCGCCCGUACAAUCAGGCUCGACAAGUAUAACCCCUGCACAGUCAAGCUCGUCGAGUAUUCUCACCACACGGUCAAGCUCCCCCAGUGCUGUUCUUCCGCAAUCCAGCAGCACGUCUGCUGCGCCUUCGACGACACCAGUUGGUACCACCUUUUCCCCGGCAAUUUCCUCAACUGGGGCUACCAGUGGACCUGCGAGUGGAUCAAGCACUACGCCCCCAGGCAUUCAAAGUACAAGCCCGAGCAGCUCAGCAUCGCCUUCCUCCGCCGCAUCCCAGAAUACGAGCAAUCCAGGCUCGACGACUUCAGCAGGUAUAGUUUCUUCCCCUCCUUCUUCAUCCACUUUUGUCCCCAGUCCAAGCACAACAUCCUUGUCCCCAAGCAGCAGCUCUAUAGCAGCAAUUACGUCGUCCUCAAUGUUGGCAGCUGGGCCUUCCUCGUCAACAAGCGCAGCGACAACAACAGUCGCUACCCCCUCACCCACAACGACUAGUGCUGCUACCACGACUACCCCAGGCCCAAAUUCUACGACCACAAGUCCCCUGGUGACCACCGCUGUGCCGACAACGGGACAAGGAACCACUCAAACUUCCAUUACAGCAUCCUCUAGAUCUAGCAGCGUCUCCACAUCCAAUGCUAUUGGCGGCACAACUAGUGCUAGCUCUACUCAAAAUUCUGCCUCGGGUACUUCGAGCAGCGUGGCUGGUGGUACGACUGCACUAUCGACAGGCGCCGCCACCACAUCAAGCAUGGCCUUCUCUUCGACCUCCCUUAUCUUGAGUGGCACCACGUCAGAUCUUGCCAGUUCAUUCACUACAUCCUCGGUAGCAAUACCUUCGACUACAGUUUCUUCGACUUCAGCUUCGAGCACAAAGUCCGCAGGUUCUACGAUACUGAGCAGUCCUUCAGGUGCUACAACAUCAAGUUCUGCUGCCACCUCGAUCAUGUCGAUUUCAACUGGUGCUAGCACAGCCACAUCAUCAGCACCGCCAAUCUCGAGCAGCUCCACCUCAACUUCACGCAGUACUGCUGCUUCGGAGUCCAACUCGUCGACUUUGGCCCCGUCGUCGUUCAGCUCUGCAGCCUCCUCAUCGUUGGGUAUGUCACAUCAUUCCCAGGCCUCGUUUGUUUUCCGUUUUCUCCAUCGAGUUCUAUUCGUGCUAGCAGCUUGUCUGGAGUGA